AUGGCUUACGCUGCGUAUCAAAAGGGUGUUGUCGAUUACAAGAAUGUUGCUCCGCCGACAAACCUCGAGGGCAAGGGUGUCGUCAUUACUGGUGGUGCAAAGGGGAUGGCCCACGUCACCUUUGGAGACCUGGAUGAAGAGAGCGGAACGAAACUGGAGGCAGAACUGGCCCCGAACGCCAAAUUCAUUCGCUGCGAUGUCACGUCCUGGGAGGACCAGCUGGCCAUGUUCAAGCUCGCUCUGAGUUCCUCUCCCAGGAAGAGCAUCGACGUUGUCGUCGCCAAUGCCGGCAUCAGUGGGCCGGAUGAUGCCUUCACCAUCGAAGUGACAGACACGGACGAGCCGGUCAAGCCCCAGCUAAAGAUUGUCAACAUUGACCUCCUCGGAGUCAUGUACACGAUGAAGUUGGCCCGCCACUACUUCGUGAAGCAUCCCCUUGACGCAAGUCACGAUCGCUGUCUCAUCGUGAACGCAAGCCUCGUGGGAUUCCUCGAUGUCCCUGGCAUUCCCCAGUAUGUGGCCACCACGAUCCUCAGCCCCACGGUACAAGAGUACUGCAAAAGCAAAGGGAUCGUUUUUGCCGAAGCCAAGGACGCAGCUGGCGCAUGGAUCAAAAUCGCCUCUGAUCCAUCGAUAAAUGGGCGAUCGUUCGGUAUUGUUCCUCGGGAUGCCGCGCCCCAGGGAUAUAUGGACCUUGGAAAGGAUGACUACGCAGACGGGGAUUAUUUGGAUGAGCUGCAGGAUAUCUUGCUACGCACGUCUCACCGAUUGGCUGUCAAGGCCGAGUCUCAAUGA